UCUCUAAGACCCUCUCUGGUGCUUGCUCAGGUUUGGUGGUGAGAGAGAGCUGCAUGGAAUCCAGCGGGCGCUCCGCCAGGUCAGCAACUUGAAGCCCUGCUGGGGAAGCAGUAGAGGUUCAAGUCACCGCAAAGCCCUGGCCUGCCCUCCUCCUGAGGUCCAGGGCAGCCAGACCUCUCCUCUGAAGCCAUGGGCCCCUCCCAUCCUGCACGCCCACCCCUGGCCAAGCUUGGCCUGUGGUGGCUCCUUCUGACCCCAGCGGUGUCGGCGCCGCGAGCCCCCCACACCCAAGCCGAGGAUCGCCUCUUCAAACACCUCUUCAGGGCUUACAACCGCUGGGCACGGCCAGUGCCCCACACCUCGGACGUGGUCAUCGUGCGUUUCGGGCUGUCCAUAGCCCAGCUCAUCGAUGUGGAUGAGAAGAACCAGAUGAUGACCACCAACGUCUGGCUCAAGCAGGAGUGGAGCGACCACAAGCUGCGCUGGAACCCGGCCGAGUUCGGCAACAUCACAUCCCUCCGCGUCCCUUCGGAGAUGAUCUGGAUCCCGGACAUUGUCCUCUACAACAAUGCAGACGGGGAGUUCGCGGUGAACCACAUGACCAAGGCCCACCUCUUCUCCACGGGCACCGUGCACUGGGCGCCCCCCGCCAUCUACAAGAGCUCCUGCAGCAUUGACGUCACCUCCUUCCCCUUCGACCAGCAGAGCUGCAAGAUGAAGUUUGGCUCCUGGUCGUACGACAAGGCCAAGAUCGACCUGCAGCCGAUGGAGCAGACGGUGGACCUGAAGGACUACUGGGAGAGUGGCGAGUGGGCCAUCGUCAACGCCACGGGCACCUACAACACCAAGAAGUACGACUGCUGCGCCGAGAUCUACCCCGACGUCACCUACUGCUUUGUCAUCCGGCGCCUGCCCCUCUUCUACACCGUCAACCUCAUCAUCCCCUGCCUGCUCAUCUCCUUCCUGACCGUGCUGGUCUUCUACCUGCCCUCCGACUGCGGGGAGAAGAUCACCCUGUGCAUUUCCGUGCUGCUCUCGCUCACUGUCUUCCUCCUGCUCAUCACCGAGAUCAUCCCCUCCACCUCCCUGGUCAUCCCGCUCAUCGGCGAGUACCUGCUCUUCACCAUGAUCUUCGUCACCCUGUCCAUCGCCGUCACGGUCUUCGUCCUCAAUGUCCACCACCGCUCCCCCCGCACCCACAAUAUGCCCCACUGGGUGCGGGGGCCCUUCCUCAGCCGUGUGUCCCGGUGGCUGCUGAUGAAACGGCCUCUGCCACCCUCGGAGCUCCAUGGUCCCCCAGAUCUGAAGCUCGACCCCCCCUGUUACUGGCUGGAGACCAAUGUGGAUGCGCAGGAGAGGGAGGAGGAGGAGGAGGAGGAGGAAGAGGAAGAGGAGGAGGAGGAGGAGGAGGAGGAGGACAGAUGGGUGCCAUCCCCCUCCGCGGGCGUCCUCUACAGCCAUGGUGGUCUGCACCGAAGGCUCUCCGGUCCCGAGGCAAAGGCCCCAUUGCAGAAGGGCGGGCUCCUGCUGUCACUUCGCAUGCAGAAGGCACUGGAAGGCGUGCACUAUAUUGCUGAGCACCUGCGGUCUGAGGACGCUGACUCUUCGGUGAAGGAAGACUGGAAGUACGUGGCCAUGGUCAUUGACAGGGUCUUCCUCUGGCUGUUCGUCAUCGUCUGCAUCCUGGGGACCGUGGGGCUCUUUCUCCCCCCACUCCUGGCUGGAAUGAUCUGACUGCACAUCCCUGGCUUUCGCCCGAAGGUGGCCCCGCUGCCCGUGUUUGCUGCUGCCUCUAGAGUCCGCCUUUGGGGUCCACACCCCAUGACUGCCGGUGCCUCUCCGUGGCGUCCCGACGCUGGCCCCGCCAUCGAAGACUUCCUGGCCCCACUCACCCGGCAGACACACUCUGUGCUGAGAAGCUCCUGGGCCAGAGCCCUGUGGGGAUGGGAGGAGCAGGAAUGGAGGCAGCUGCUCUGCAGAGGGCGAUGCCGAGGUGCUGACCAUGUGCAGCUCAGGAGAGUCCCCUGAAGCAGCGCUACAGGCACUGAGUGUCAAGAGGGCCGAGCAGGGGGAGCCCAUGGCAGGGGUGGGGGUGGGGCCAGGCGAAGAGGAACAGAACACAGUCCUCAGUCAUUGGGGAGAGGGGAGAAGGCGCCACGGGGGGCACAGGGGCUGUGAGCAGCGUUUUGGAUUCUGGAAAGAGCCUGAAGUGUCGGGGCAGCCGGGCUCGGGUUGGUUCCAGUGUGGGGAGAGUGGCUGGCGGUUGGGAAGGUGGGUUGGGGUGUCUGAACUGGGUAGAGAAAGGGGUUCAGAGUCUGAGACCGCAGACCUGACAGCAGAGCGGCGAAGGCUUUCCGGAAGGGGAGGAGGGGAGGCAGGGCAGGGGAGUGGAAAUGCAGGGCGACCCUCGGCAGAGGGAGGAGGGUGCAUGGUUGGAUGCCGGUACUGGGCCAGCCCACCCAGCUCCAGUGAGCCCUGAGACAUGCCCUCGCCUUUAGCCUUCCCCUCCACCCCAUCCCCGAACACUGGCCUGGCACCAGCUGCCCCAGGAGGUUGAGAGUCCCUGUCUACAGGGGCACCGUCUGCCUUUCAACUCGAGUGGACAAACCACAAGGCCAUCUCGAGCCACUUUCCAGCCACAUCAAGCCUACAGCUUGCUCCCUCCCUCCCUCCCUCCCUCCCUCCACAGGGCAAGUGGUGGUUGGUCGGCACUGAGAAGGGGCUGAGGGGAGUGAGUGGGUUACUUCGAACCCGAGACUGCUGUGUAAAUGCAAACACGCAGGACCAGGACCCCUUCCCUGCCCAGCAUGCCCUUCCCGUCCUUCCCAAAGCCCCACAGCGUGUCUGACUGGCUCUGAGCUGCCCUGUGCUGUCUGUUCUUGAACUUGGAAUCCAGCAGUCCAUGGCCCUGGCUGCGGUGGUCAGGCCCCAGCCCUGCCCCAUCCAGACCCACUUCCCCAGCAGCCAAAAGAUGUGGGCACUGGGUUCUUGGGUCGGUGUGGGGACCCCAGGCAGAGAGCUGGGCAGACACUGAGUGUCAGGAGGGCCGAGUGUCAGGAACUGAGUGUCAGGAGGCAUCAUUGGGAACAGGGGAGGCACACAGGGGGCACACGUGUUCUGUUCCUCUUUGCCUGGCCCCACCCCCACCCCUGCCUUCAGCCUUUGGGGUCCUCUCCUUCCGAAGUCCCCCUUCGCCUCCCCCUGACAGACCACGUGGAAACCCAAGACACCUCAGGCCCAGCCUCUGCCCCUCAGUUCUCACCCAAGACCCCCACUCAGUGGCCCAUUCUGAUUUCUGACCUCCCCCCCUCGCCCCCCCUCCCCGCUUCAAUGCACACAGCGCCACCUCCCCUCCCUCCUGGCUCGCCCAGCCUGGAUCUCCUGGUGACGUGAUGUUCCCUUACGUUAGUCUGUCUCCCAUCCAUCUUGCAUGUGAAUAAAGCAAUCAAAUAAAAUGGAAGGCGCUGUUCAUCGAUCUGUGGGACCCCGUGUCAGCAUCCCCAGGACCCCCAGAACCUCCCCCAGAGCCCUGGUUGUGGGGAUGCCCGCUGAGAGAGUGCCAUUCCUCACGUGCCUGUGUGGGGGCUGCCCUGGGUCCCCCCUGGGAAAUGUCCCUUUGGUCAGGUG